UAGUGUGCGGUAUUCGCACAGUAUCGUAACAACUUCGCUGUUGUCCGAACGUUGUUGUACGAAACCUAAUUGUACAAUUUUUCCUUCUAAUUAAUUAACAAAAUACUCAGUCAAGAUGGGGUGUGGUGAAUUCUUGGUCAAGUACAUCUUGUUCUUCGCGAACUUAGUGUUUGCGUUGGCUGGUCUGACGCUCCUUGGUCUGGGCAUAGCGGUGCAGCUGCAAUCCACAGACAUCGUGCAGAUAGCUGACUACAAUAUACAGAUAGCUCCCAUCACGUCUAUGGUGGUGGGAGGCAUCGUCUUUUUCAUCGCCUUCUUCGGAUGCUGCGGAGCCAUCAGGGAGAGUAACUGCAUGCUGGUUACAUACUCCAUCUUUAUGCUGUUGCUGAUGAUUAUCAAGCUGACUCUAGCUAUCCUGAUCUUUGUGAAGUUGGACGAAGUUGUGGCUAAAGUUCCCUUCUGGCUCAACGAAUCCUUCAAACAAGACAUGGUUUCCUUCCAGGCUAUUGAAAAAACGUUCUCCUGCUGUGGUCCUGAGGGUGCCAGCUCAUAUGUGCGCACUCCCCUGUCCGCCACCUGCUGUGCCACCGCCCCCUGCACCAUCUCCAAUGCCUACAGCGGCUGCAACGAACAUGUGCAGCAGUUCUUCCAAACCUUCGGCCUCGCCAUCGGAAGCGUCAUGAUAGUCAUCGUGUCCAUUGAGUUGGUGGCUGCAGUGUUUGCCCUGUGCCUGGCUAACACGGUCCGCAACAAGAGCAGGAGAGCUCGCUACUAAGUACUAAGUAGUCUGUAGUCUAAGCACUAUGUGUAUAACCUAGUUCAUAAGUUUAUACUUAGUUGUACUAUACGUUACUUUAUUAAACUUAAAAGCUUAAUGCCA